AUGGUGGUGGAGCAGAGAGUGCAGCUGACUGUCAAUCAGAAUGAGCUACUGAACACCCAAAUACUGCUGCACAAAAUGGAGGAUGAAGUGGUGAAUCUGAGGAAGGCAACUGCAGCACAAGAGACCAGACUGGCUGUCACUGAGACUGACAUGGAGUAUGUGAAGAAAGACAAUGCAGCACAAGACACAGACCUGACCUCUAUGAAGACUGAAGUGAUGAACCUGAUCAAGGAAAAUGCAGCACAAGAGACCAGACUGUCUGCCAGUGAGACUGAGGUGGAGAACCUGAAGAUGGAAACUGCAGCACAAGAAGCAGAGCUGACAGCAGUGAAGACCAGACUGGCAGCUGCUGAGACUGAGGUAGUGAAUCUGGAGAAAGAGAUCACAGAGCAACCCAAGGUGGCAUUCUCAGCAGGGCUGGGCUCAGGAUACAUAGAGUCUGGGAACACUGAGCUGAACUUGGUCUUCACUAAAAUCAUCACCAAUGUUGGACAGGCCUACAGCAGCAUGACAGGCUUCUUCACAGCUCCAGUCAGGGGAGUCUACUACUUCAGAUUCACUGUCAUGGACCACCUAGCUUCACGCUAUAUGACUAUCAGGAUGUGUAAGAAUGGAGAGCAGGUCUUGCAUUUACAAGAGUAUGAUUCUGAUGUAAGAGAAACCUAUCUGUCCAGUGGUGCUACUCUGCAGCUGGAGGAGGGAGAUGUAGUUAACAUGCGACUCCCUGCAGGCAAAAGGCUCUAUGAUGAUGCUGAUAAUCACAGCACCUUCAGUGGCUUCCUGCUCUUUCCUCUCUGA